AUGCCCGACCCACGAGUCUUCAUAAUCCGCCACGGCGAAACAGAAUGGUCCCUGAAUGGGCGACACACAGGCACAACAGAGCUCCCCUUGACUGAAAACGGCGAGAAGCGGAUCCGCGCAACAGGGAAAGCUCUUGUAGGAGGUGACCGAUUGAUAGUUCCUUCGAAUCUGGCGCACAUCUAUGUAUCCCCCCGCCACCGCGCGCAACGUACCCUCGAACUUUUGAACAUCGGCUGCAAAGACCGCUUCCCCUGGUCCUCCAAAUCAUCCACCACAAACCCCGACCCCCUAAAUAUCCGCACAAGCGCAUCCAUACAAAUCACACCUCAAAUCCGCGAGUGGGACUACGGUGACUACGAAGGUCUCACAUCGCCUCAGAUCCGCAAAUCCCGCGCCGAUCGCGGACUCAACGCAGAUUGGGAUAUAUGGCGCGACGGAUGUGAGGGCGGCGAGAUGCCUGCGGAUGUGACGACUAGGUUGGACGAGCUGAUACAGGAAAUACGGGGGAAAUGGCAUGAGGGGAAAUUUGGGGCCGAGGGGGAGAAGAAGGCGAAGGAUGUGUUGAUUGUAGCGCAUGGGCAUAUUCUGAGGGCGUUUGCCGCGAGGUGGGUGGGGAAGGCGUUGGUGGAUAAUCCGAGUUUGAUCUUGGAGGCGGGUGGGGUUGGGACAUUGAGGUAUGUAAUGACUUCCCUGGUUUCAUUUUCUUCUUUUUCCUCUAGGUGGCGCAGUGAGCGAGGGUGGUAUUCCGGGAGUUAA